AUGCCCCCACUCCCUCCCUUCAUCCCCCCAUACCUCAACCUCGCGUUCUCCAAAGACCACAUAUCCUCCCUCCCACAACUAAUCACAUUCGCAGCCGAGCACAAUCCCCACCAUACAUUCGCUCUCCAACUCUGCACCUCGGACUCAUCUCGAUGCGAACUUUCCUUUGUGCAGCUUAGGGGGAUGGUAGAACGUGCGUCGGCGUGGCUCGUCUCAUCAGGUACGACCACAGGUAGGAGGAGGAGGGAUGAGAAAGUAGGAUGUGUAGCGAUACUUUUGGCCAGUGAUGUGGGGUUGUUCGUGUAUUUGAGUGCGUUGUUGAGGAUUGGUGUACCGGCCCUCCUCCUCUCCGCCCGCCUCAGUCCCACAUCAAUCGCACACCUAAUCAAAGAAACAUCCCCUACUUCUAUCCUCAUAUCCUCCCAAACAUCCCUCGUCGCCCGUAAAGCACUUUCUCUUCUUCCUUCAAGUUACCACUUUCCCCCACCCCGACUCGUCACUGCUCACCUUUACUCUACUUUCCUCCUACCAGGUUCCCCCACACCCGACUCCCCUCGAUCGCCGGCUCCACCUUCAUAUGAAGACCACCUCCCCACAGAUCUCGACGCACUAAUACUCCAUUCAUCAGGGACCACCGGGCUACCAAAGGCGAUAUACCACUCCCACGCGUUCUUGCUCCUCUUCGCAUCUGCGCAUCGUUUUGAGGAGAAGAUGGGGGAGGGGUAUAGCGUUGUUACGUCGCCUUUGUACCAUGGUUUCGGACUCCUCGCACCCCUCCUAUCCCUAUCCAUAAACCUCCCAUUUGUCCUUCCCCCCUCUGGCGUCAUACCCACCGCCCUUUCAACCCUCCAUACCAUCCAUUCAACCAACGCCCGCUAUUUGUUCACGGUACCAUGUAUUAUUGAAGAUAUCCUCUGCCUCCCCGAUGACGUGGGGUUGGAGGCGAUGAAAAAAUUGGACAUCGUCGUCGUUGGCGGCGCGCCUUUAAAAGACAUCUUUGGGGGACGGAUGGCUGAGGGGGGUGUUAAUGUUUUGAAUCAUUGGGGUGCUUCUGAGACAGGGCCCAUCACGCCUAUCGAAACUGUCAAGCCUGGAUAUCAUGAUUGGCGGUAUUUGAGUCCGAGGACGGAUAUGGGGUUUAAGUUCAUUCCCGAGGGUCAUAACCCCAAUGAACAAAGGAGGACGUAUACGCUCGUCUUUCGGCCCCCGGGGUGGAAGGAGGAUUUCGUUCUCAAGGACCUACUUUGGGCUGCACCUGAAUACCAAAUCCUCACCCGCACAGAUACCCUGAUCGUCCUUUCAAACGGGGAAAAAUUCAACCCCGAGUUUGCAGAACGAUUGAUUGGUGAACAUCCGGACGUUAGGGGGGUGUUGGCGUUUGGCCAAGGGGAGGUGGCUGUUGGCGUUGUCAUUGAGCUCCGCACUGAAGUUGGAGCCGGGGAAUCGGAGCAGGGAAUAUUCACCUACAUCGACCGCGCGAACCUCCUCCUUGACGCACAUGCCCAAAUAUCCUCCGAGCUCGUUGUAUGCACUUUCGGGGAGUGCAAGCCGCUCGUGAGGACGGAUAAAGGGAGCGUAGCCAGGAAGGCAAAUUAUGCUCUGUUUGAGCGGGAGAUUCGAGGGGCUUAUGAACGUAUGGGGAGCCUGGGUUCCGUUGCUGGUCCCAAUACGGCGCACGAAUUCCCUAUGUCCAGCUCUGCGCUGUGUGAGCGUCUGCACCAGAUCGUGGAAGACAUCACUGGCAUUUCCCUUCCCCAAAAUGACUCUGACAUGUUCGAAGCGGGUCUGGACAGUUUACAAGCUUCCCGCGUCCAACGUGCCAUUCUUGACCAGUUGAGGAACUCAAGAGCAGCAAGUUUCGGUGAGCCUCAGCUGGAGAAAGACUUUUGUUUUGCCUAUCCGUCAGUGGAUAAGAUGACAGCGGCUUUAUUAUCUCUGAUAAGAGGGAUGAAAGAGAUGAACGGGGCCGGUGCAGGUGCAGCAUCGCCACCACCACCACCACCUCAAGAUUCCCACUCCUCCGUUGUUUUACUAACUGGAUCGACAGGAAGCCUGGGAUGUUUCCUCCUUGCUCGGUUGGCCAAAGAUCCUGGGGUGUCCAAGGUCAUUUGUCUGAAUAGGGCGUGUUCUCCUGGGUUGAGUCUCCAUCAACGCCAAACGGAGGCACUGGAGAGGCGCGGAGCGUGUGUUAGCCGAGAGGACUGGGCAAAGGUCGGGGAGUUGGGUGAGGUGCGUUCUUUUUUCUUUCCUUUUGUAAGGUUAAUUAAGAACAGUGCACAGUUGAAGAGCGUGACGCACAUCAUACAUAAUGCCUGGCCCGUGAACUUCAACCUCCACCUCUCCUCCUUCGAGCCGCACGUAAAGGGAUUGUGUCACCUCAUACGACUGGCCCUUUUGAACGCCGGAACGAUAAGGAUAAUGUUCACUUCUUCCAUUGCAGUUGCAAGCCGCUAUUCUCUUCCUUCUUCAUCCACUUUCCCUUCUUCCUCCUCAUCCUCGGAGAUACCCGCCGUCCAAGUACCAGAAAUCCCACUAGACGCAACGCACCCCGCGCCAUUCGGCUACGCACAAGCCAAAUGGGUCUGCGAGCAACUACUUGAGAGCGUGAAUCAGCUCUUUGGGUCGAGAGUACGCGCUUCCGCCGUACGUCUUGGACAAAUAACAGGCACGAUGGAUAAAGGAGCGUGGAAUGAAUGGGAGCAUGUCCCGUUGAUGACAGCCUCAUGGCUCCCCGUCGACCGUGCAAGCGAAAUCCUCAUCGACCUCUUGUUCUCGCCAUCCUUCAAACCAAUCUAUCACCUUGAGAACCCAAUACGACGCCCCUGGCCCCACAUAACCCAUACCCUCGCCUCUCUCCUCAGCGGUACCGCCACUCCCCUCCCCCUGUUACCAUUCCAACAAUGGAUAGCCUGCGUUCGGGAUAGCGAGGAAGUCCUGACAUCUACCCCGAUCAUGAGGUUCCUGGAAGAGGAAUUUGGGAGGUUGGGGGUUGGGUUGGUUGGGUUUUGCAUGGAUGGGACGGGGAGGGAUUCGGCGGCGUUUAGGGAGUUGGUUGGAGGGAAUGAGGAGGAGUCGGCGAGGGCGAGUGUGGCGUAUUGGAGGCGGGUGGGUGUGAUGGUUUAA